UCCGGCAGCGAGUGGGACGCUGUCAUCGAGUGUGACGUGGUCAUUGUGGGCUCCGGGGCCGGCGGCAGUGUGGCUGCCGCUCUUCUUGCAAAAAUAGGCCUCAAGGUGCUGGUUGUGGAAAAGGGGACGUACACCCGGGCACAGGAGCUGCCGCUCCAGGAGAGGCAGGCUUUUGGAACGAUGUACGAAGGCGGCGGUCUCAUGACCACUGACAAUGCAGGAAUCAACAUUCUGGCAGGCGCCACGCUCGGAGGAGGUACGCGCAUCAAUUGGAGCGCAAGCUUUGCGACGCCGGACCAUGUGCGGAAUGAGUGGGCGCAGGAGCACGGUCUGGAUGUGUUUGCUAGCGAGGAGUAUGAUCAUGCGCUGGCCGCUGUAACUGAGCGCCUGGGUGUCACCACAGGUAUCCUGGAGCAUUCGAAUGCAAAUUCGAAGCUGCAGGCGGGCCUAAAGCAGCUGGGCGCGCACUGCGGCGAGAUCCCGCGCAACACCAGCCGGGAACACUCCUGCGGCCACUGCUCAUUUGGGUGCCCCUCUGGAGAGAAACGCGACACCACAAGCACCUUCCUUACUGACGCUGUCAACGGCGUAGUCAUUGCUUCGUCACCCCCGGCUGCGGCGGCAGGCGACGAUCACCCCGCAGGCAGCCAAAACAGGCGUCCAUGGCGGCUGCUGCUGCGCUGCACACAUGUGGUGGCAGCUGCCGGGGCGCUGCACACUCCUGCGCUGCUGCUGCGCAGUGGCGUCACCGUGGCCGGGAACGUUGGCACCAACCUGCGCAUGCACCCUGCCACUGUUGUGACCGCUACCUUUCCCAAGGCGCGGCCGAUCUUGGGUUGGGAGGGGGCAAUAAUGAGCGUGUUCAGCAGGGAGGCGGCCGACUGGGAGGGCUCUGGCUAUGGACCACUGCUGGCAACUCCAUCGGGGCACCCGGGGCUGACAGCUGCGUCAUUCCCCUGGCCCUCGGGGGGAGAAUACCGAGCAAAAUCCCUCGAGUUCCCCUACACUGCGGGGGCGUUGGUGUAUGUGCGCGAUAGGGACUGUGGCCGAGUCUAUUUAGGCUCGGAUGGGCAGCCAAGAGUGCAGUACUGGCCCAGCGCCCGUGACAGGAUCUCUAUGGUGAAGGGCAUGGAGCUCGGGCUGAGGGCGCUGGUGGCGGCCGGCGCGCAAUCAGUCAUGACGCUGCAUUCCUGCCGCUAUUUCACCUUCACGCCAGAGACCGAGGCAAAUGGAACGCUGAAAAACAGCGAGGCCCUUGAAGAAUAUCUCCGGAGCGUGCGCACAGAAGGUGUGCAGCUAAACAGGAUGGCGGUACUGACAGCGCACCAGAUGGGCUCGGCGCGGAUGGGCACCAGCCGAGCGACUUCAGUGGCCGACCCUCAGGGCGAGUGCUGGGAUGUGGAGGGCCUCUACAUCUGCGACGCCUCUGCCCUGCCGACCAGCACCGGCGUCAAUCCGAUGGUGACUGUGGAGGCUGUGGCGUUUGUUAUUGCCAGCAGGCUAGCCAACCGCCUGGCAUGCAAGGCUGAUGCUUCAUCAGCCGCCGACACAGCACCUUGA